UAAUAGAGUGGACUCAGGUGUGUAGAACCUGAGUAGACUCGAAAGUCAGUGAAGUAUUUCCAAGACACCAGACUCAUUAGAGGACACUCUCGGGGAAGAUGGCGACUAGAUGGAUAAGCGAUGCAAUUAGGUGCUGGGGAGUGACAAUUGUAUUCAUAUUAAUUUUUCUUUUUACCUGAUACUUAUGGGAAGCUCCUGGAACUUCCCUAAAUAGCACUCAUGUUCCGCCCACUUCAUCCCAAGCUAUCACCCAACCACAUGCUAGAGUAAAACGCGGAGUAGGAUAUUAUCGGCCCACUAGCGUUCUGACGACUUCCAAAAAUCCAUGUAAUGCGACCGGAGAAACGACGUCUAGGACCUAUAUUUGCUACAAUACCACUACCUUUAUCAGCACAGUAAUCAUCCCUAUGAACUCCUUUCAGUUGGGCGGUUAUGUAGGAAGCGAGUGGUAUGAUUGGACAUUCUAUUUAAACUCAGUGGGUUUUAAAUAAACAGGUAUAGACUGGGGAUGGGUUUUCGCCACCACUGAUAAAACCUGGAGGUCCGAUUCCUAUGGCUGGCGACCAUGGGCACAAUAUUGGUCACGUGUGUUAACUCUAGAAAAGAUAAAACUUGGAAACUCACCCUCCUUAGUUUUAAGAUUUAAUACCACAGUCAAUCCAUUAUUGGAAAAAACCCCGUCGAUGCCUAACUAUCCAAAUCCACCUUGUUACAUUUUAGCUCUGUGUGCCUAUUGGCCAAGUCAUACAGACCCAUGCACUUAUGUGGCACUGUGCCCUAACAUUACAGAAACACCCACUGCCGCAACAGACUCAGAUUUGCAACCUGUGCCAGGACUGACGUUGGGGCCUAGGUCCACAACUAAAGUAAAGAUAAAGAUCCUCAAUAAAAGACCUGACACUGACGAGUGGUUUCAAGUAACCACUGGAGUCUCAGGGAAAAACAAUAAUUGGCUGUUAAUGGUAGAGCAGGCAGCAAAUGCAACUAAAGCCGACUGUGUUGUGUGUAUGGGCCCCCACCCCUUACUACAAAUAGUUCCUGCACCUAUUCCAGCUGAAUGCCUGUUGACUGUCAUGAGCAAGACAGUUCCAGGACCAAAUUGCAGUUAUUGGGACGGUAUCUUUCCAGUAACAAAAGGCGUAAGAAUCAAACCUCUAUUCUCUAAACAUGUAGCACCAGGAAACUUCUCAUGUAUUAACCUGACUGGUAGGGGACCUCGUUUAGGUAGCCUUGCAGAGAUAGCAUGUCCAGUUACACUUCCUGUUUUUACACCCUUCACCCCAGUGUCUCGGGCUGACAUAUGGUGGUGGUGUGGGGAUGAGAGAUUAUUUGACAAAUUGCCUAAAGGUAAUACAGGAUUGUGUGCAUUGGUAACCCUAUUGCUACCAGUAAAUGUGUACCCCAUAUCAGCUGAUGCUCUGUAUACACAAAUAACCAGUACAAUGUCCAGUGAGUGGAGACAGAAACGCUCCUCCUGGCGCUCUGAAACUGAUCCUACAUAUAUAGACGCUAUAGGAGUUCCUCGCGGCGUACCAGACGAGUACAAGAUAGCAGAUCAGGUGGCUGCAGGGUUUGAGUCCCUGUUCUGUUGGUGGUGCACGAUUAACAAAAACGUAGACCGAAUCAAUUACAUCCAUUAUAACAUACAGAAAUUGGGCAAUUGGACACAGAGUGGGUUUGAGGCUGUUCAUGGACAGCUUUCCUCUACGUCACUGAUGGCAUUCCAGAACCGCAUAGCUCUUGACAUGUUGCUUGCAGAGAAAGGAGGUGUGUGUGCUAUGUUCAGAGAGCAAUGCUGCACCUUCAUUCCUAACAACACUGCAGCGGAUGGCAGUCUCACCAAGGCCAUAGAAGGGUUGAAAACUCUGAAUGGUAAGAUGAAAGAUCAAUCUGGUGUAGACGCCACUAUGUGGGAUUCUUGGUUGGAUGCUUUUGGGAAAUACCGAACCUUGGUGUCCUCAAUUCUAAUAUCUCUAGCAGUCUUUGCUGCAAUAUUGACCUUAUGUGGAUGUUGUUGUAUUCCGUGCCUGCGUUCUUAACCCAGAUGUAUCCACUCCUGCAACAAAA